AACCGCGCUUUCAAAGUAAAUUGAGUGCCGUCUGAGUUGACGGCCAGUUACAGAUCGAGGAUCGCAUCAAAUUUCCGGAUACACUGCAUCUUUCAGGCACAUUUGUCCGACAACUGCGCGGAAAAUGCCUGUUACGCAAAUUUGUUACUCAGACAAGUACUCAGACGACCAUUUCGAGUACAGACAUGUCAUCCUUCCAAAGGAUCUGGCAGAGUCUGUUCCCAAGACCCACUUGAUGACAGAGAGUGAAUGGCGCAACCUUGGGGUGCAACAGUCUCCAGGCUGGAUUCACUAUCUUAUUCAUGAACCUGAGCCCCAUGUGUUGUUGUUUAGAAGACCCACCAGCUAGCUUUCUUGAGACGCACAUGCUGAACAAAUGUAGACAUUGAUGUUUUGUUCACUAGUGACAUGGAUGGACGAGUGACCUUGUAGACAUAAUUAUAUCAAAGAAAGAAAGAACUGGAGAGAACUUGAAAUUAAGUAGAGGAUCUUACCAAAGUCCAUCUUGGUUUGAAAAGAAAUUUGACAGAAAAUUUGAGCAAAAGUUACAGACCAUACUUUUGAAAGGAGAAUUCUAAAAAGUGAUGGGUACAAACAUGUUUUGUCUUCAUUUAAUUAUUCUUCUUCAUAUGUUAGCAUUUAUAAUGCUUUUGCUGGAACCAUGGCUCCAAGGGGAGGCUUUGGUUUCAAUAAAGCUGCCAUAGUAACUGUCAUUCAGUUCUUUUGACUAUGUUACCAGUUUUACAGUUUUCUUGAAUUUUUAUUACUUGUUCCUUUUUAAAUGUAAAAAGGAUUUAAUUAAGUAGAAACGAAAUGAAAUUUGGAGACCUUUCCCAAUUACAAUG